AUGGUGAUGGUGGAGGACGAAGGGAGGCGGGUCGGAGUAGAACGAACAAGAAGAGAGAAGAGAGAAGAGGAAAAAGAAGAAGAGAACGAAGAAGUGUGUUUGUUUGUUUGUUUUUGGUGCAGCGGAAAAAGUGCCGAAAGUGUGGAUACCUUGAACUCGGAGUCGCGUACGGCGCUGCCACUGGCGGCUCUGCUGCUGCCAUCAUCGUCAUCGUCAUCAUCAUCGGCCCCGCUGCCACCGGCGCUACCACCAAGAAGAAGGCAGCAGCAGCAGGUCCCUUGCCGCCCCCCGCCCGUCAUCAUCCGUUCAUCCAUCACCGGUGUGCUGUGCGGGCCGACGACGACUACGACGAAGACUACGACGAGGACUACGACGAAAACUACGACAACGACGGCGGCGUCGACGACUACGACUACGACGACGACUACGACGACGACGACGACGACGACGACGACUGCGACGACGACUGCGACGACGACUGCAACGACGAGUACGAUUCCGACUGCGACUACGACUUCGACGGUGACGAUUGCGACAACGACGACGACAAACGCGAGCAAGACGACGUUGCCCGCGGCCCACCAAGGCGAGCCGUCCCUCGUACCGCCUCACUAUCCUGCGCCUCCACGGCCCCCGACUAGAAACGGUGGGGAUGAAGCGCGUGUCGCGAGGGCGAGGGGAAGCGGACGCGGAGUAUUACCGAGUACCAUCCUUGCUAAUGGAACGCCCCCGUCGAGAGUGCCACCACCUCGCGCGGGCUGGGCUGUGCGUAUCACGACAACAACACUCCAACAGCAGCAACAGCAACAGCAUCAGCAGCAACAGCAACAGCAGCAGCAGCAGCAGCAGUGUACUACGCCGAUUCUUCCAGGUAGUAGAAGGACAGCAACACCGACGAACGGUGUUCAACGAUGGGCUAGCGGGCAGGCGACGUUGUCUUCGUCGAGUGCAUCACUGGCGAGCGGGGGAGGAGAAGAAUCAGUCCUACCGAGUGUACUCCGAGGAGGAAACGGAGUUCGUCAGCAACAUCAACAGCUACAGUUACAGUUACAAUUACAACAGCAGCAGCAGCAGCAGCAACGACAAAACUACCAGCACCAGCUGGAGGAUCGUAGGGAGAACGAGGAGGAGUUGGAGGCGACGAAGAAGGAGGAGUGCCGUCCUCGUCAUCAGAGACAUCAGCAAGGGGACUGUUUUGAACUGAGAGGUCGGCAGAUGUCGCAGAAGAAUGCGAUACCGGGGCUCUCGCGGGCUGCCGUCGUCAAUGGCGUCGUCGACGGCGAGCAUGUACGCGUCCACGACCACAAUCGACCGUUCCCACCUCCAAGAACGUCCCCGUCGAAUACAGGGACGACGAAUACAGGAACGACAACAACAGCAACAACGACAGCAGCAGCAGCAGCAACGACGACGACGACGACGGCGUCUCCGACGUCGACGACGACGACGGCCCUGAGGAUACCAAUGACGGCACCGUUGGCACCCCUUUCCUCCUUGAGUUCCUCCUUCAGGAGUAGACCGACGAGCAACGUGCGGACUCCGCCAGCUCAGAGCUUCGAAUCGUCACCGCCUCCCGCCACCUUGCAAACUGCUGUUUCCCCGAGGAAUCUCCUAACGCCUACCUCGAUGGACGUCCCCACUCCACCAAGGAGUCCGCUUGGCGAAGUUAGCUUGGCUACACCGAGGCCGGAUGGUGAGAGGAUCAUCAACGAAUACGUUGAGACACCGUUCAAGCAACAAUCCAAUGUCGUUGAACGUCGUCUCGACGGUAUCGUCCUAGUCGACACCAUCGACGGCAAACGUUCGGGCAACGAUUGUCCGAAAAAAGAGAGGGCAAGGUCGCGAGGUAAGCAUGCCACGGACAGUGGCAUACCGAGCCUUCAUCGAGCCGUCGUCAAUAAUACCAGCGGCUCUAGGCGUCGUGGUUUGGUAGACGCGAGCAAUAAUCAUCCAUCGGGUAUUAUCCUGUCGGGUACGGCUUCGACGAUUAACACGGCUCCUGCUACGGUUAGGAUAUUGAGGGAAGGAGGCGACAGGAGGGCCGUGACGAAACAACCGGUCUCCUUCACUAAGGAACCAGCGAACGCUCUUGGCUCGAGGACCUACGAACCCGGUCUCUCGAUCAUCUGCGAAUAUUGCGGGAGGUGUCGUUGCGAGUCUUGUCGGGAACCACCCCCGUUACCUAGCAGAUGGCUCUGCAACGAUUCCUGCUUUUGCUCGGCCGAGACUGUCCUCGAUUAUGCCUCAUGUCUGUGCUGCGUGAAAGGACUGUUUUAUCAUUGCGUCGAUGGCAAUGGCGGAGGCGGUGGACCCGGUAGCGGUGCCACCGGACCAUCCUCGAUGGACGUCGACAAUGGCGAGAGUUGUGCCGAUCAGCCAUGUUCUUGCAGCGGCAACAGGACCCUAUCGAGAUGGGCCUGUCUCAGUGCUUUGACCCUAGCGAUGCCUUGUUUACUUUGCUAUUGGCCACUUAAGGGUUGCGUAGCCGUUUGCGAGACAUGUUACGCGCGGCACGCCUCGCAAGGCUGCCGAUGUGAGCCCGGUGUAUUAACAGGGAGCAACACCUCGAGCAGGCAUCAUGCGAUAGCCAACGACAUCGGCUAUUCCAGGGAUCCGGAGAAAAGGCUACUCGAUCCAGUAACCCCGGAACUCUGAACCGACCGAUCGCCCUCCGAUUUUUUAAUCCUGUAAAUCUAUACUGGACUCGCACCUUCGGGGUGGUGAGGAGGGUGGUGCGAUAUAUGCGCAUUGCAUUAAGUACAAGAGUUGCAUUUAAGUCCGGAAUUCGAACGUUUUUACACCGACGAACUAAAUUACUAUUACUAUUACUAUUAUUAUUAUUAUUAUUAUUAUAUUAUUAUUAUAUUAUUAUUAUUAUAUUAUUAUUAUUAUUAUUAUUAUUAAUUAUUAUUACAACUAUUAUCGUAACGUCUGAUCACGCCGCGAGUGUUUUAUUUAUUAUUCUUUCACGUGCGAGAACGUAUACAUACAUACAUAGAAACGGUGUACGAUGAGAGGGACGUGUUUGCUUAUAAUCGCGUAUCUGUGUGCAUGCGUGUCUUGACAUUUACGUAUGUGUGAGUAUGCCUGCGUGGGAGAGAAAGAGAAAGAGAGAGAAAAAGAGAGAGAGAGAGAGAGAGAGGUAGGCGAGAGGGAUUAGAAUACGAGCGACAUACCACUUACGACUUAGGGAGAGAGCUAACUUGUAUACACUACGAAAAUGUAAAACGUUUAGGGGACGAACUCUUGCGCAUAGAUGUGUGCGUAUCGGCUCGAAAAAAAUUUCAUAUAUUAAAUAUAUGUAUAUUGUAUAUUAUGUUUGUAUAAAGGAUCAUCUUUUCUACGAUUAAUUUAUUCGCGGAUAUAUUGCCAAAUAUAUAUAGUCGAAGGCGUAGCACGUAAAUAUAUAUAUAUAUAUGAUAUAUAUAUAUAUGGUGGAAGUGUCGAGCUCUCUCUCUCUCUCUCUCUCUCUCUCUCCCUCUCUCUUUCUAUUUCUUUAGACAAAUAUGAAAGUCCUUUAAAACUUCUUUUUUCCACUUUUUGUUCAUCAUAUCGAUAAAAAAAAUAUCGAAAGAAAAGAAUAGAAAAAAAAAAUGGUGAAAGACGUUAAGGGAUGAUCGCAAUUUUUCUUUUCUUUUUUUUUUCUUUCUUUUUUUUCCUUCGUCAUCUUCUUGGUAUUAUAGUUACGUUGAAUAUACGGGCAACUCGUGUCUCGGUUUCUAUAGAGUUUGCCCCCAUCAGCAAAAGAGCAUCGAAGAAGCAACCCAGCCAGAGAGCUUAGUAUAUAGGACGUAUAUACAUACAUACAGACAUACAUAUAUAUAUAUAUGUACCUAGGACGAGAUCGAGACAAGUGCACGCGUCUUGGAUCGCGAAAGAAGCGUGUCUCUCUCUCUUUCUAUCUCUCUUUCUAUCUUUCUCUCUAUUGAGAGAAGAGAGGAGACCGGGUGCGUAUGUGUGCGUGGGUGUGUGAAUGGAACGUUGAUGUAGAAUGUGCGAAAGAGAGAGAGUGAGGGUGAAGGAGAGGGAGAAACAGCGGAUGUGCAUACGUUUGGUUCGAGAUAUCUUGGAGCGUUUUCAUCUUUUUUUUUUCUUUUAUUCUAAUUUUUUUUAUUUGUAUUUUUUUUUUUUUUAGAUAGUCUCUUCCCUCUAUUAUUAUUAUUAUUUUUAUUAUUAUUAUUAUAUUAUUAUUAAUAUUAUUAUUAUUAUUAUUAUUAUUAUUAUUAUUAUUUUAUUUUAUUUUAUUUUGUUCUUCUUAAUUCCUCUUCCAGUAUUAUCUAGUCUUGCGCGAGUGUCUCGUUAAUGAGAUCACAUUUAUAUAUAUAUAUGUGUGUGUGUAUAUAUAUAUAUAUCUUUUUCGUUUCUUUUCGAAGAAAACAUCGAGCUAAACGACAUGUAUAUCCGCCCUUAAAAUUGCAGAGAAAAAUUGUAUAAAAGAACAUAAAUAAGAAGAAGAGAAAAGGAGAAACAAAAUAGAAAAGAAAAGAAAGAACAUCGAUAAAAACAACGACAGAAAGGUGCUAUAUCUUUGUCGAGAUCGAAAUUAUAAUAUUACUAUUAUUAUUUUUGUUUCUUUUUUUUCUGUUUUUCAUUUUUUCUUGUAUUAAAAAGACACGACAAGAGCUGUACCAUAUAAUUUUGCCGUUCGCUCGCCUUCUCGCGAAGGAGAGACACCGAGGCGGCAAAAGAGACAGAGAAAGAGGAGGAGAUAGAAAAAGAGAGAGAGAGAGAGAGAGAGAAAGAGAAAGAGAGAGAGAGAAAUGGCGAUCGUAUGUGCGAGCAAACGUUCGCUUCGAUGUUUGCGCGGAAUGUGACGAGAGAAAGAUUAUAUGGGGAGGGACGUAAAACGAGGAGUGAACUUGGAAAGAGGAAGAAAUAAAGAAUAGAAAGAAAGAAAGAGGGAGAGGAAGAGAGAAAGGAUUAUAUCGAUACGAUGUGAAUAAGAAAAAAAAAAUAAUGUUCUGUCUCUUUCCGUUCUAUCGACUUCUACUUCUCUUUCCAUGUUCUUCCUUUUUUUUAUUAUAUAUAUACAUAUAUAUAUAUAUAUAUGUAUGUAUGUAUAUGUAUGUAUAUAUAAUUAUAUAUAUAAUUAUUUUUUUUCAAUUUUUCUACGUCGAUCGAAUUCAUUGGUGUAAAAAGCAUCCCUUGUAAAAAUUCUAAAGAGAGAAAGAGAGAGAGAGAGAGAGAGAGAAAGAGUAUGUCGUCUGUUAAGAUAAUGACAAGAAUGAGAGAGAAAAAGAGGGUAGAAAAAAUUUUGAAUGCCUCGGUAGCGUCUGCUGUGUAUGUAUGCGUGUAAUACGUGAGUGCGUGUGUCUCGCCAAUCGAAAGAAAUCAAGUUUUUAUUAAUGUUAAGCCUAUACACUCUGUAUAUGUCUUGUAAAUAUAUACAUAUAUAUAUAUAUA